AUGCUGACCGCGAACCUCUCUAGGCCUGGCGCGUGGCUACCUGCCGACCACCGCAUCCACCAGCAGUACCUGUCCGAGGUGAUCGAUGCCGUCGACGCCCGUCCCGCGACCGACGCCGACGACGGGCUGACCCCCGCGCUGCGCGAGUUCCGGGACUUGAUUGAGAACAAUGCGCGGGUGUACAUGUACUUUACGCAGAUGUUUGACGAGGUGCCGCAGAAGACCCCGUACCUGCGCGACCCGGCGGGACACAAGCAGGUGCGCGACUACGAGCACAUGCUGCGCGUGCUGGGCCACAUUGUGACGCGCGCGCCGGAGUGGACGCAGACGGCGGCGGCGAUGGGCGUAGUGGGCGUGCCGAUGUGUGCGGUGUUUGACUACCCGAUGGGAACGCCGAGUGGCCAUGCGGCGUUUUUGGACCCGGAUGUGAAUAGGGCGUUGAAGAAGGUCCUCAAUGAAUGGGGCAAGUACUUGCAGGUGAGGUGUUCGACCCCCGAGUCGGCAGCGGUCCUGGGAGACCACGCUACUGGCUGGUUCGGCGAGACGGGCCGACACGACCUCGUGCAGGUCGCCAACGCGCCAUACCAAUCCAACCACACCUUUGAGCAAAUGUUUGUGUGCCAGCCGACGGCUAAGCAUAUGGGAUACAAGUCCUGGGAUGACUUCUUCACCCGACGAGUCCACGAUGACGCCCGCCCCGUCGCCAGUGCCGACGACGACGCCGUCAUCGCCAACGCCUGCGAGUCCAAAGUCUUCAACGUCCAGGCCAACGUGCGCCUCCGCGACCACUUCUUCGCCAAGGGCCAGCGGUAUUCGCUCCUCGACAUGCUCGGCAACGACCCCUCCGCCGCCACCUUCGUCGGCGGCACCGUCUACCAGGCCUUUCUCUCCGCGCUGUCCUACCACCGCUGGAACAGUCCCGUCUCUGGCACCGUGCGCCGCGCCUUUGUUCUCGACGGCACGUACUUUAGCGAGCCGCUGUUUGAAGGGCCCGGCGACCCGGACGUCGCCGAGAUUGAUACGGGCGGCAUCAGCGUCGCGCAGGGGUACCUGGCGUGCAUGGCGGCGCGCGCGGUGAUUGUGCUCGAGGCGGAUAAUAAAGAGCUUGGCCUGGUUGCGUUUGUGGGCAUCGGCAUGGACGAGGUGAGCACGUGUGAUGUGACGGUCAAGGAGGGCCAGCAUAUCAACAAGGGCGCCGAGCUGGGCAUGUUUCACUUUGGAGGGAGCACGCACUGUCUGGUUUUUGAAAAGGGCGUCGAGUUGGAGGGUUUGCCCGAGGUGGGCAGGGAGGAAAACGUGCCGGUGCGAGGCAAGUUGGCGACGGCGAGGAGGAGGAAGUAG